ACUUUCUCAACUGAAAGAAAGAAAGAAAGAAAGAAAGAAAGAAAGCCUUUUCCUCUUUAUUACUCGCCCGAUUGGUAACAGCCCCCCCCCCUCACGAGAAGUAAUCAUACGGCAACGGGUGUUAAAGUCAAGUCGACUCGACUCAGGUUUAGGUUUGGGUUUCUUUUUUGGUAGGCCAUUUUCGAAUUCUUGGCUGUUGUUGGUGUGCUUUUUUUCUCUCUCCAUCGGUGAUAGAGUGAGUGCUCAUACGUAUUGUACCAUAUUUAAUCGAGUCAAGUCCGAAAUGUACGGUAGGGAGGGGAAGGAGGGAGGAAGGGGAAGAAAUGGAAUGGUGGGGUGCAGUAAGGUUGCGUUGGUUACAGUAGUGGAGAGGGAAAGUGAAAGAGGAUGGACGGUACGGUGCGGUAGCUUGCUGCUACUGCUGGCGCUGCUGCUGGUAGGCGGGUUUAUGGAUGGAUGGUCGAGUAUGAUGGAGUAUGGAAUGGGAGGCUGGGGGGGAGUGGGAAGGCUGGGCAGCGUAGUGUAGUGGUUGGUGGGGGGAGGGGAGGGGAGUACUGUACAUCUGCUUGUAUCAUAUCAAUACUUGUACGGUACUAGUACUGUACAAGUAUGGGAGAGAGAGGGAGGGUUCUCCUUUGGUGGGAUUGCGUUUGUGUGGGUUGGUCAUGGGGGGGGGGUCUCUUGAGAUUUGUAUUUUGAGUUGCACACGGGUUUUCAUGGGUUUUGUUUGCCUCUACUUGUACGAUGAUGGUAUGACGCAGUACUUGUGAGGUAGAGGGUAGGUAGGUAGGCAGGGCAUGUACCGGCACAAUAUCAUAAGAUGUGGUAUCGGGGUUGGGCUGGGUUGGGGUCGUUAUGUAGGGGAGAGAGGACGAGGAGUGCUUUGUUUUGCCUUACCUUUUACUUUUAUCGUAGUUUUACUUCUCCUUGUCGUCGUCGAAACGUCCCACGAACCCCGCCUUCGCGAAUUCUUCCCUCUCCUCCCAUUCGUGGAACGAUUACCUCUCCCCGUCCCUUCCUCCAACCCAUUCACCAUUCUCCACACUUCUAAAGUUAAGUUCUAA